AAGUCCCGAACGGUUUGUUCCCAACAGCAAUUCUUCGGGACCCGAGAACGGCUGCUGAGCCAUAACAACUUUUUUUGAGAGCAAAUAGCAUGCCACCUGACAAAAUACGAGAACAUUAAAAGAGAUGCCCAUACCUGCGGCUUGCAUUAGCCCAAUCUAGUUCCACCAUGGCUGCGACAACUGAAGCGGAACACAAGACAGACAGUAGAAAAAGCAGCUCGAACAGUACUAAAACCCAAGCCAGGUCACCUACCACUGAAAACUCCAAUGAUUACAAUGAUAAAAAGAAUGACGUCUCGAAAAACUCUAAAGAUGCAAAAUCAACGAAGGCAGUGAAAGACAACGUUACAAGGGUAGUGGUAGUAGCAUUAACCCCUGACAGGGCGAGGGAAACAUGGGACAAAAAGGUGGAAUUUUUGCUUGCUGUUGUUGGAUUCGCUGUGGAUUUGGGGAACGUGUGGAGAUUUCCGUAUAUUUGCUAUCAAAAUGGCGGAGGUGCUUUUCUAAUCCCUUACACCAUUAUGCUGGUUUUUGGUGGGCUGCCGCUCUUUUAUAUGGAAUUAGCCUUAGGCCAAUUUCAUCGUAGUGGAUGUUUGACCAUAUGGAAAAAGAUAUGUCCCGCUAUAAAGGGUGUUGGGUACGCUAUCUGCUUGAUGGACGUCUAUAUGGGCAUGUACUACAAUACAAUCAUCGGAUGGGCUGUAUACUAUUUGAUAGCCUCUUUUCAGUCCGAGUUACCAUGGGUAUCUUGCCACAACAGUUGGAACACCCCUAAUUGCCGUCCGAUCACAAGGCUCUUUCCUAAUGUAACGGCCUCAAGUCCAGCUAGAGAAUUUUUCGAGAGGGAAGUUCUCGAGCAAUAUAAGGCAGAUAGCCUCAACAGAAUGGGGCCUAUUAAACCAACUUUAGCGUUAUGUGUUUUUGCUGUUUUUGUCCUUGUAUAUUUUUCCUUAUGGAAAGGAGUUCGAAGUACGGGUAAAGCGGUUUGGAUAACAGCUCUAGCUCCAUACGUGGUCCUAAUUAUUCUCCUAGUACGUGGAGUUUCUCUUCCUGGUGCUUCUAACGGUAUUCGUUACUACCUUACUCCAGAAUGGCAUAAACUAUACAAUACCAAAGUUUGGAUAGAUGCAGCGGCUCAAAUAUUUUUUUCUCUCGGUCCAGGAUUCGGAACUUUGUUAGCCUUGUCCAGUUACAACAAGUUCAACAAUAAUUGCUACAGAGACGCCUUACUCACUAGCACCAUAAAUUGUUUGACUAGUUUUUUGGCAGGAUUCGUUAUUUUUUCCGUACUUGGUUACAUGGCACAUGUACAGAAUAAAAGUAUAGAACAAGUGGGAUUAGAAGGUCCAGGACUUGUGUUUAUCGUUUAUCCUGAAGCGAUAGCCACUAUGUCAGGAUCAGUCUUCUGGUCGAUUAUAUUUUUCUUGAUGCUCAUUACCUUAGGUUUAGACAGUACUUUUGGAGGCUUAGAAGCAAUGAUUACAGCUCUUUGUGAUGAGUAUCCAAAAACUUUGGGCAGACAUCGAGAAAUUUUUGUUGCUCUCCUUUUGCUUGGAAUUUAUAUAUGUGCCUUACCCACCACAACAUACGGUGGCGUUUACCUUGUAAACUUACUGAAUGUUUACGGACCUGGUCUAUCUAUACUGUUCGUCGUUUUCGUGGAAGCAGCAGGGGUAUGUUGGGUUUAUGGUACUGAAAAUUUUGCCAGAGAUAUUGAAAAGAUGAUAGGCCAUCGUCCUGGACUAUUCUGGAGGCUUUGUUGGAAAUACAUCAGUCCAGUUUUCAUUCUGGUUAUUUUCAUCUUCUCUCUCCUCAGUCACGAAGAAAUGUUAGGCCACGAAUACGAAUAUCCAGAAUGGGCUUUCUAUGUUGGUUAUGCUUUAACUGCUUCCUCGAUAAUAUGUAUACCAUUAUAUAUAGUUUAUAAGUUCGCCAUAACACCAGGCAGUUUUGUUCAAAGAUGGAAGAUGAUAUGGAAACCUGAACAUUCGUCAGAGAAUAGCGCUCUGACAUACUAUGGGGCAACCGACGUGUGACCAGAAACUUUGAAGAGAAGUUACACGAUAGAAUGGUUAGUUUAGUUCAGAAAAGUAGGCGUAAGUUUUAUUACUUAAUGAUG